UUGACGUUUUCAAUAGUGUGUUUCAUCUAAAUUGUAUGAAAACAUAGAAUUGGCCUUUUAAAUUGCAAUACUUUAUAUUUACAUCUGGAGCGGGUCCUCCCUAUGGAGGCUGCUAUGUUUUUUAUUUACAGUAUUACAAACUAGAAAAACUAAAUAUCUUUUGAGUUUUUAUGACAGCUGAAGUCUACCAAGGGUUCUCUUUCAUGUUUGGAAGGUGAGGUUGAGGUGAGGGGUCUGUCGUGGCAAUUUCUACAUUCCCACUACCAACGAGGAAACGAAACGCAAAUUUCUUUUACAGUAUUGUCACCUUUAAUGCUCGAGCAUGGUGCAUAGGGUAAUCAGAUUACUGUGUUUAGACUAAUCAGGCCAAGAUACAUUCAGUAGUAGGAAAAACAGCAUGGUCAAGGUUACAUUGUUAGAGAUUCAAUCAUGAUCAAUCAAAGGGGAAAUAAACAUGAUUAUAUUAUGGUCAACUGUAAUAUUUUCCCUUACAGGUGUUUAGAUGCAACAUGCAACUUCACCGCUAGAGUUCACUAAAUUCUACACACUAAACCUUUAUGUCUGCUAUUCAAUAUUUGACUGAGCACUGGAGCAUGUUUGUCUUUACAUAUGUAACCCAGGGGAAGCGAGGUGGAGCUGUGAUUGUCACCAAUGCAACAAGAAGGUUCCUAGUUCGAUUCCCAGUUUGUCCUGGACCAUGCUAUGUUCUCCUCGUGUCUCUGUGCAUUUUCUCUAGUUUCUUCGGCUUCCUCCCACAGUCCAAAGACAUGGAGAUCAGGGCACAGCGCAGAGAACACGGCCGAUCAGUCCAAGCAUCAGAUCACACACAUCCUGAAUGCAGCUCACAGUAAGCGUGGAGGACAGCCAGGUAUCUACAGGGGCAUGGAGAUCACAUACAUGGGCAUAGAGGCUCAUGACUCCUGUGGCUUUGACUUGAGCGUCAACUUCCUCGCAGCAGCAGACUUCAUUCACAGGGCUCUCAGCAGGGGAGGCAAAGUGCUGGUGCACUGUCACGUGGGAGUGAACCGCUCAGCCACCCUGGUCCUUGCGUACCUGAUGCUGAGGCAGAACCUGAAGCUCGUGGAGGCUAUUUGUGCUGUGAAAGAUAAACGUGGUGUGAAGCCCAAUCGAGGAUUCCUCAGACAGCUCAUCAAACUAGAUGGUCAGCUGUUUGGCACGCAUCCCUGAACUCUGUAUGAUAGUGUUACUGCUCAGCUCUCAUGGGUCCACAACAUGAGGAAAACAUGACAAAGAUGGCUCCUUGUUGAGAAACACUGAUGCCAUUAUUUGGAUGCAUGAAUGUUUUUGAGUCUCAGACUUGCAGCAUCUGAUCCAUUCCAGGAUCAUGUUUUAAUUUCCAGGAACUGUAAGGUGACAAUAUUUA